GUUAGCUACCAAAUGGGCCUUAAGAAUACAUUGCAUGUGAGGGGCUUGGAAAGGGGGUUCUGCAUAGUUGUUUUCCUCUGGUGACGUCAGAAUGUUUUGUUUUUAAUGGCUUUUGGGAAUAGCCUCGUUCCCAAUUAUCGUUUUCGGAAAAAUUCUAUAGCAGGUUCUACGAUGCGGCGGCGAGAAAUGCUGUUAAGAAUUAUUAUGCCAAGAAGUUGACAACAGAAUUCACAUUUUACCCUCAAGUAGUAAAUCCUUAAUACAAAAGUGUUUCAGAAGGAUUUGGUAAAAAGAAGCAAUGAUUUCGCAGCUAAUUUCACGUCUUAUGAUACUGAGCUUUGGAACAUUAUAUCCAGCUUACCGUUCGUAUAAAGCAGUCAAAACAAAGGACGUGAGAGAAUACGUAAAAUGGAUGAUGUACUGGAUAGUGUUUGCAUUCUUCACAGCAGUGGAGAAUGCUGCUGAUGUUUUCAUUUCUUGGCUGCCUUUGUAUUAUGAAAUAAAGAUCAUUUUCCUUUUAUGGCUUCUGUCUCCUGCAACAAAGGGCUCAAGCAUUCUAUACAGAAGAUUUGUCCACCCAUGGCUUGCAAGGCAUGAGCAGGAUAUUGACAGGUAUAUAGACAACGCAAAGCAAAAUGGUUAUGUGGCGCUGUUGCGUGUUGGCAGGCAAGGUCUCAAUGUUGCCACGGACACAUUUUUAAAGACCGCUGUAACGGGACAAACGACGCUGAUUAACACAUUACGAAAAUACAGCAGCAUGCAGGAGCUGAAUAGAAAUUUUGACGAAACAGACGCACCGCAAAAUCAGACAUCAAGAGUCACGUGGUAUGGAAAACCUUCAGGACCUUUAGAUGACAACCAAUACGAUUUUGAAGAUGAUUAUAGGAUUUUAGAAGAGCAGUAUCAGCAUCAGUAUUCUGGGGAAUAUAAUACCACGCUUCCAGGAGGAGCGCCUCUGCCCAGGAACCCAUCAUUCCAAACAUCAAUACCCGAGGCAGCUGAUGAGUGUGAUGAAGAGACGCAGGCGCCACAUGAUCCAGAGGCUGAUAGAGCUGAGGAGGAGCAAGAAGAAUUUGUAGAUAGCCACCCACCGCCUAGUGCUCCCCCGCAACACCAAAAUACAGCCAAUACGAAAAAGGGUAUGAAGCAGGGAAACGUGAGCGCCAAAACUUCAAAAGCUGACGAAGUUUCAUCAAUGCGAGGCUAUAGCACUUUGCCAAGGCCACGGACACAACGGUCAGCACCCUCUAGUCAGCCGCUCUACAGUAGCAGCAACAUGUACAGUAGUUAUUCGAGACCCAGCUAUUUCACAAGAAGCAGCCAUGUUUAUGACCUUCGACACAGAAGCUCCAUGCCAGAGCUUGAAGCAAGAUUGAAAGACGAUCCACUUGGCAAGAAGAUACUGUCUGCAAGAGGCGAAACGGAUGCUUGAACUAACAAACAAACACUCUCAAGGACUGAUUAUUAUUAUUAUUUGUCGUGAAGAUAGUGGAUAACAUAUAACUACGUCAGUUUUAUAGUCAAACCACUUUAACUAAACUUCGUAAUGAAACGCAUGCCUUUGAAAGUAAAGUGUCCAUAGCCUAUGCAGCAGACUGAUAAAGACAGGGAAGCCUUGUAAAUGCGUCAAAGCUUUCUUAUCACAGGUCGUGUCUGCUACGAUCAGUUUCGUUUGUCUCAAGUAUAGGCGCAUCUAUAUCAUUGAUUAGUCUCUUGUUUUUCUAAAACGAGGCUCCAAGUCAGUAGACUAGGCCUUCAUUUCCAUUUAAAUCAGCAAGUCAAUGAAUUGCUUUUGGAAUACAUUAGAGUUACUAACAAGUUUCUGGCAUGCAUUGCUUGCUUAAAUACGAAAUAGAAAGGGUCCCGUCACUGUCUUUCGUUCGUUGCUUUCGUAUGCACCUGUCCUCUAUACCGGCUGCCUUUUGAAAGCUUAAAAUCCUAGUCCAGUUUGGUUUAUCGAUAGAUUCAAUUUAUUGCAAUAUUCUCUUAAGAUGUUCUACAGAUAUUCACACCCUAUGUCAGUUUUAAUUAUUUAGUAAUUACUGUAGUUUUGUGUGAUAUAACAUCUUGCCGUUUGGUGAAGUUUGGUUCAGAUACCUUCCUUUCUAGACUUUAGGUUGUGCUAAAAACCGGCUUAUGGAUUUUUGACGAAUAUUGCAUUUUAUCAAAUGAUAAAAAAAUUGCUCAGACUUUGCCAUGACAAAGUUUCUGUUAACCCCAAGCUAAUUUGGGAAACUUUUUAUAUCUUGAUAUGGGUUGGUCUGUUUUCACUUGUUAAUAUAUAAUGUGUGUUAUUUUAGAAGUAAAAUUUUUGGAUAAUGGAUUUCUUAGCCUUGUUGUAAUCUAAUUACUUUUGGUAUUUAAUCGCAAGUUUUGUUUCACCUUGAACAACUGAAUUGUGACACACUUAAAGUUCUAGAUGAAAUGGCAAAUAAUUAA